CCACUCUGAAACAGGACCACAGCUUGCCAAGACCUGAAAGGCGUCAUGUGACAUCUGCUCUCAGUUGUGGCAAGAAAACCGAGCAAUGAGAGAGAGAGAGAGAGAGAGAGAGAGAGAGUUGAGGAGGAGCUUGCUGCGAUAAGAUUCACUCCACGCGCCAUCAGCACCAAACAUUUGCAGUCUAUCCAUCCAUCCUCUAUCUCCAGCGCACUUGCUUUGCAACAACAAACUGGCGUUUUUAAAUGUGUGUUUUUUCCCCCCUAGUUGGACGAUGCACACGUGCAUCCCACGGUUAAUACUCGCUCUCUGCUGAGUUGAUUAUGGUCACAACCCCCGCGGUGCCAAGGUGGAGCCACCGCGCGUAUCUCGGAUCGGUGCGCUUCUCCAGGGGCUGGGAUGCGCACCGGGGACCUCUCGCUUCCUGCCAAGUUUCGGAGCUGAGCAGGAGUCAAGCGCUGCCCCGGGCCGCCGAGGCAGGAGGACCCAGUCUACCCGGAGCAGGAUGCCGGUGAUGAGAGGGCUGCUGGCCCCACAAAACACCUUCUUGGACACCAUCGCCACACGCUUCGAUGGCACCCACAGCAACUUUGUUCUGGGAAAUGCCCAGGUGCAGUCUCUCUACCCCAUCGUCUACUGCUCCGAUGGUUUCUGUGAGCUCACUGGUUAUGCCCGUGCCGAGCUCAUGCAGAAGAGCUGCGCAUGUCACUUCUUGUACGGCCCGGAAACGAGUGACCGGUUAACAGCCCAGAUCCAAGGAGCCCUGGAUGAGAGGGGAGAGUUCAAGACCGAGUUAAUCUUCUACAAGAAGGAAGGUACACAGUUCUGGUGUCUUCUGGACAUUGUACCCAUUAAGAAUGAAAAAGGUGAGGUGGUUCUAUUCCUCGUGUCCCACAAAGACAUCACUGACAAGAAGAAGGACCAGGAUCCUGAGCAAGGACCUGACACAGAUGAGGAGACAGGUUUGGAGGUGCAUCAGGUUACUCGCCCUCCAGGCUUCAACGCCAACCGGCGGCGCAGCAGAGCUGUUCUCUACCACCUGUCAGGACACCUGCAGAAACAAGACAAGAGCAAGCUCAAGAUCAACAAUAACAUGUUCGGGGAUAAGCCUCCAAUCCCGGAGUACAAGGUAGCAGCCAUUCAGAAAUCUCGCUUCAUCCUGCUCCACUAUGGAACUUUCAAGGCUGGCUGGGAUUGGUUGAUUCUGCUGGCGACCUUCUACGUGGCCGUCACCGUGCCCUAUAACGUGUGUUUCACAGUGGUGGGAGGGCGGGAUGAAGGGAGCAGCAGCGCCCCACGAAGCCCGCCCAGCGUCAGCGACAUUCUUGUAGAGAUCCUGUUCAUUUUAGACAUAUUGCUGAACUUUCGAACUACUUUUGUGAGCACGUCGGGUCAGGUAGUGUACGACGCCCGCUCCAUCUGCGUUCACUACGUCACCACUUGGCUCUUUGUCGAUCUCAUUGCCGCCCUGCCCUUUGACCUGCUGUAUGCUUUCAACGUCAGCGUGUACUUUGGGGUCCACCUGUUGAAGACUGUUCGGCUGCUUCGGUUACUGCGACUGCUGCAGAAGCUGGAGCGAUACUCCCAGUACAGCGCGGUGGUUCUCACUCUGCUGAUGUCCAUGUUCGCCUUGCUGGCCCACUGGAUGGCCUGCAUCUGGUACUUCAUAGGUCGCAAGGAGAUCGAAAGUCCCGGUUCCUGGGAUAUUGGUUGGCUCCAUGAGCUGGCCAAGCGCCUUGGUAGCCCUUACUUCCUGUCCCCUCUGACAACGCUGGUCCCCGCCACGGUCAGCAGCCACCCUGCAAACAGCAGUCAGUGGAACGUGUCGGGGUCAGAGGUCGGAGCGCACGGCUCCUUGAACUCCAGCCAAUAUUACGGAAACAUGUCUGGAGGUGAGGCCAUGUCGGGGACGGGCACCGGGGGUGGGAGCCUUGCGUGGCUGGGCGGCGGCCCGUCAAUGCGCAGCAGCUACGUGACGUCACUCUACUUUGCUCUGAGCAGUCUCACCAGUGUGGGAUUUGGAAAUGUGUCAGCCAACACGGACUCAGAGAAGAUCUUCUCCAUCUGCACCAUGCUCAUAGGAGCACUGAUGCAUGCAGUGGUGUUUGGUAAUGUGACGGCCAUCAUCCAGAGGAUGUACUCACGGCGCUCGCUCUACCACACCCGCACCAAGGACCUGAAGGACUUCAUCAGGGUCCAUCGGCUGCCCAAGGCCUUGGAGCAGCGCAUGCUGGAGUGUUUCCAGACUACCUGGUCGGUCAACAACGGAAUAGACGUUAAUGAGCUACUGAAAGACUUCCCAGACGAGCUGAGGGCCGACAUCGCCAUGCACCUGAACAAGGAGCUGCUCCAGCUGCCCCUGUUUGAGUCGGCCAGCAGGGGCUGCCUGCGCUCCCUCUCGCUCAUUAUCAAGACCUCCUUCUGCGCUCCGGGCGAGUUCCUCAUCAGGCAGGGAGACGCCCUGCAGGCCAUCUACUUCGUCUGCUCGGGCUCCAUGGAGGUCCUGAAAGACAACACUGUGCUGGCCAUACUGGGUAAAGGAGAUCUGAUUGGCUCGGACUACCUGACAAAGGAGCAGGUGAUCAAAACCAAUGCCAACGUCAAGGCCCUGACCUACUGCGACCUGCAGUAUAUCAGCCUCAAGGGCCUCAGAGAGGUCCUCCGACUCUACCCCGAGUACGCCCAGAAGUUCAUCAGUGAGAUACAGCAUGACCUCACGUACAAUCUGCGAGAGGGCCACGGGGCAGAUGUGGACUGGGAAAGUAACGGCGGCUUGGUGAAGAAGCUGCCGUCGAUCCGUGAGGACGAGGAGGGUGACGAGGAGCAGAACUCGGUGUCCCGUGCUCCUCGCUCCCCGCUGCGUCUCAGCAGGGGGCUUAGCUCGCCCCUGCGCUCCCCUCUGCUGCCACCCAGGCCGUUCCGCGCUCCCUCUGAGCAUUCCCGCCCCACCACUCUGCAGAUACCAGUGGUCAGCUUCAGCAGCGUGCCGCCUGAACUCAGCCCCAGAUUCGUGGACGGCAUUGAAACAGAGAGCAAUUCCACCUCAUCACAGAAGUUUGAGUUCAGUCACAGCUUGUCACCUGCAACAUCCUCCUCCCCUUACCCAGGGAUCCAGGAGCACUCUGAGAUAAAGCAGAGUGUGUCUAAAUUGACUGAGGAGAUGAGCAGUCUCUCUAAACAAGUCUCCAUGCUCAGUAAGGAGCUGCAGGAAAUGACACGCCUGCUUAAGCCCCUCCUCCAAACAGCACCGCAGCCAAUCCUCAUGACCAUGAUGCCAAAUUUAACCCCGCCUCCUAGCAAUGCCAGCCAGCUAUCAACAAGCUGUGUCGUGGUGCCACCCUCCACCACGCCAUGUUCCCUCCAGAGACCUGACACUCAUUCCCUCUUGGACAGUGGAGACAUACAGGGUGUGGAUUUGCCAGGAUGCCUUCUCCCAACUCCUCAUUCACCAAAAAGGCCUAAUUCACCUUCUUCAGCAUCGCCGUCCACAACCCCAGGGGGAAACAUCAAGGGCCCCACCCCCUCCAACCUUCCCUCACCCGAGAAAGGACUUCCUGAGGGAUCCCCAGUCCUCCGAAGCCUCCACACCUCAUCCAGUAACGGAAUAUUUUUGCCCUCGCUGCAGGACCAGCCUCCCCUGACCUCUCACACCCCUUCACCUUCUCUUUCCUUUUCCAUGUCUUUCUCCUCCUCGACAUCCCUUUCUCCCUGCCAAGGCCCCCACCGGUCCCGACCCAACAGCUGUACCAGCAGAGGCCUGCUCCCCCCGCCUCCCUCCCAGGACACCCCUCCUCCCCCAUCCUCCCACUGCUCCGCUCCCCCAUCGCUCACAUCCUCCCCUGGAGCCCAUCGCCUGAAGCUUUCCCCUCCCGCCCCUAUGGUCUCACCCAGCGUCUCCCUCCAUACAUCCAUCACCUCCCUGCCACUGUCCCUGGACUUUGUUAGUGCAAGGAGAAGACGGGUAGAUACCCAGUCUCCACCUUGGUGCAACUCACAGCUCAGUCACAGGGAGGCCAGACCUGUCACUCAUCCCCAGGAGAUGGAGAUGCAGGAGUGGGGACUACAGAUGGAGGAGGACAGGUCCUCGACAGAGCACAUCAGCUUUAUUGAUGAAGAGGAGCCAGCGUUAUGAAUGGCUUAAAACUGAGCUAAAGUGAGAGACAACAGUAGAGUAGCAGAGAAUGAAAGAGAUUGAAAAGAGAUCAGAUCAGGGAAAGUGACAGCUGCAUGAUGGAAUGAAAACCAAUAGGAUAGGACAGCUGGUCCAUUUCACACAGGAUUUGUCAGGCUGGAAAAGGACAGAGAGGUAAACAGAAACACCUGUGCAGCCGAGACACAGUGCCAGCUGUCAGCAUAUAAGUGGAGUACUUUUCCACACUGAUGAACAGCAGAACUACAACAGCACAAAUUGUCUUACAGUAUCAACACUUCUGUAGCAUCAGUCAAUCCCCACCGCUACAGGACACACAGGACCAGAGCACAUCUUCUUAAAUGGUUCCCUUAAUCUCUGGAGCCUAAUUUAUUACUUUCCAGUUAACUGAACACACAAUAUUGCAUUUUAAACCCACUUUGGAUGUCUCCUCCUCUCAAAGGGCAAACACAUAUCUCAGCAGGAAACAUGUCCUUACCCAAGCCAGAUAAUCCGAGCCACUGCACUGGGACUGGGAAUGUAAAAUCUUCGAUCAGUCUCAGGUCACCUCACCUGGAAAGCCAGUUUGCUUCAUCAAUGGGAUUAUUUUUAAAGUGAUGGGAUUAUCUGGUGGUAGAGGCGAACCCUCAGCUGACCAUCUAACCAUUGCUUCAGUCAUCCACACGGCCAUCACUCAUGUUCGUAAAAAACGUGAACAGAAGUGUCCACAUUUUCAUCCCCUGUAAAAGAAGUUUGAAGUACACAGUCUACAGUAAGUCAAUAGAUGAACAUGUAAGGGAGCAGCAGUGCUUCUGUUUGAGUGGAGACCUAAAUGUCUGGGUUAGCAGUUGGGUUGUGUGCCAAAGACAAAAGCAAGAUUUAUGGAGAAAGUGGGGGAAAAAACUGAUAUCAUAAAACAGCACCCAUAUAUAACUGUUCCUCACUGUCAUGACGGUUUACAACAAGCCUAUCGUAUUGUAUAGCAAACUCCCACAUCACUCCUGAGCUUUAGCCAUCCAGCCAUUCGUGCCUUCUCCAUGUAAAGACAUUGACUUCCCUAAAAGUCCUUCACCUGUUAAUUACAGGCAAGUAUUUGGAUUAAAUUUUACAUAGAAAGCCAUCAAUGUCACCUAAAGAGAACACUUGCACCUUUAUCUAAAAUGUAAGUAAUUUAUUUAUUUACUUUGUUGACAAAAGCAAUGAGAGAAUAUACUACGAGUCCGGGAGAUCUAACAGAAACGGGCUGGGGAGGAAGGUUUACUGUUUGAAUGCAUAACUGGAUGCACUCCAGCCUUUGAGUGUAACCUUCCUAAUUUGUAUGUAGCACACACACACACACACAGCAUAUUUUGAACAUGCACAUUCAUCAUCUCCAACCCUCUUUGCCAACCACUGAGCGUUAUGGUACGAGACAACAGCCUAACCCUGAAACUACAAUACCCAGGCUGCGUCGUUAUGGAGGUCUCAGGACUUCUGCAGUUUUUUUCUUUUGCUAAGGUGCUUUGUGCACCACAUGUAACUUGUAAUAUAGAGAGCCAGAUGUCUGGUUUCUAUUUUCUGUAAUGGGAGCAGGGGAAGGACUAACUGGACUCUUUACACACUGAAAUAAAAAGAUUUACUGAGCAGAACUUCCGUUGAUGUCUGUGGAGUUCUGAUCGUUGCGGGUUACUCGGGGGGGUGGGGGGGUCUUGGCUUUACAAACGGGGUUUUAAAUGCAUGUCACAGCUUUUUUUUGCAUGAGUGUGCCUGCUUUUGAGCUGUGGAGGCCGGAGGGCUUAUGGGAGUAGACAAAAACUGCCUGCCCUAUUGGAGGCUGUUGGGUUUCAGAUGCGUUUUAUUAAAGACUGCUGUUACACGAAAACUUUACCAAGAUUACAUACUGUACUAUAAUAAAGAAAUGUUGUUUUGU